GAGGAAGUGGGAAGCCGUUUAGGAUUUGGCCGAGCUCCACGUGAGCUUCCGUAGUAUCCAUAGGAACGAAAGACGACAACACAAGGUGCGCGAGAGCUUUCUUCCUCUCCUGAGGGCGUUUCAAAUCAAAUGAAGUGUUUGGUAAUUUUUUUAAAAUUAUUUUUAAUUUCCGUCACCCUGUUAAAGUAACCUAAAAAACACAAACUAUCGGAUGUCAGUGACAAAAUAGACUAGCCAGGGAUGGAAACCAGUUCGCCAUUUUAUUAUAUGCUUCGUGCUUCCGGUCAAGGUGAAGUUUGGCGCGAUUUCACAGAAGACAUCAAGUUUCAACAAUAUGGCUGGCGCUGCUCUACUAAUGAGGAGGCUUAUUCAGCCGCUACCCUGAUUGGAAACUGGUCAGAAAAAAGGUUCGACACCAGUGAAGCCAAAGCAUUACGACGCCCUCUGCCGUCCCAGUUCUCUCACUACUUUGACACCACAUACUCCUUCACUUACAACAAGGAAGAGAAACCACCAGUUUACAGUUCUUUUAAGAAAGAGCCCAGAAGCUUCCCGGGUCACCAGCCUGAACUGGACCCACCUCACACCAAGCAUGUGCCGAACUCCUGCUACAGAUUGGACUUCAGUGGGCGUCACUCAUCUGGACAGACCAAAGUUAUACAGGAAAAUAAUAGCAAGAUGCUGGAUACAUGCACUGCUUCCAAAAACUCCUCUACAUCCUCUCAAUAAAGUCAAAUCUUCUUUCUGUGUACAUGUCCGUAUUGUGUGAAGAGCACAAAACGUACUCUGUUAAAGGUGUUACAAAAUGCAAUAGUUGAUUAUUUUUAUUUCUUACUAGAACAAAUAUUCUACAUAUUUCCCAGGUUAUAAGAAAAUAAUUAUUUAAGCAUUAGUGUGUUAUGUGUCUGAGAACCUGUUUGGAAAACUGCGGUGUGGUCUGGUCUGUUUACAUGGGCCUCCCGUUAGUCUUUUUAUUGACACUGCUCAACACUGCUUAAUUCCACCCCCAUCUCCGUUAGGCAGAUACUGUGAGUGAAAAAAUCACAUCAUGCUUCCAAAUAUUUAAUGACAAGAAACAGAGUAAAACUAAAAUAAAUGCUCCUCCUGGACAUGCAUGUAAAUGAAGUUUGUAUAAAGUGUUUAUAGAAAUCUAUGCGGUGCUAGCUAUGACGAUGCUAACUACCUAAAGUGGGUAGUGGUGGUCAGCUGAAAAAACUCAUCGGAGCUCAUUACAAAGAAAAGCAGGACAGUGGCACUCUUGGCCAAAAUCACAGGUCAGGGUAAAAUGCUAACACCCAUGUAAUAGAACUACGCAGGCCACUAUAGAUUCUGGUGGCAUGGCUUUGUAGACAUUGGUGGGAAUGGGAUGGAAGUUCAAGGAGAAAAAAAAUCACUCUAACUUGUCCUUCAGAUUGCAUAUUUGGCAGAUAAAACAAUGCAGAUAUGGAUUGAUUCUCUCGCACACAAUACAGAAAUGUACUAAAACUAACAAUCCUUACACCAUCUGCACAAUCAAGUGUGACAUAAUUGUAUGAAGAAUUGAUAUUAGCUCAUAUACAUGCACUUGCAUGCAUUCUUUGUUUGGUCUGUAAUAUUGGAAUACUGAUAGCAUGCCAUGGAUUUGGGGUGUAAAUGCCAUGACAUUGUUACUGACUUUUUCUCUGUUGUAAGAUUCUUUCUCUCAUCAGUGAUUAAUGUUGUCAUCUUGUUUGUUAAGCUAGUAUACAAUUCUUGGCACCAGCAUGCAUUGGGAUGCAUUAAUGAAUUAACACUAUUCCUACUCAAGAACUGUAUUAAGUAUUGUAUUGUAUUACUUACUUUUUACUGUUGGCACCCAUCAGUUCUUACACUUUUAUGUAAAUAAGAGUUAAGAAGUACAUAGAUAGAAAGAGACCCAGACAUGUUUCAUCUUUAAAUGACCACAGAUUUAUUAUUAGCUUGUAGCCAUCCGUAUACACAUGGAAACUGUUGUGGCUACAUUUCGCUUGAUGUGCGUGGUGUGAAUAGUCAGGAAUGUUAAAGCAGGGAACUAACAAAACAGUAGGAUGUAGGCCUUUUUCACUGAUCCGAGACCAGUUUAGUAAUUUGCUCUUAUUACCUUUCAUCUCAAAAUAACAUUGGAAAGGAAAUGCUGGGACCAGAACAGUGUAAAAGGCCACCUUGACUCAAAUGCCGACUUGUGUGCUCCCCCACAUUUGUUCCUCUUUGGUAUUUAGUAUGCAAUGGUAAACACAGGGAACAUGAGGAA